UUGUCUCUUUGAGGGUCAGUGGAGGGGAGGCGAGUUCAAGCGGGAGCGAGAGUGGGGGGUGGGGUGGGUUUCUAGAGGGCUCUCGCCGGCGCGGAACGUGGGUCGCCUCAAAAGGAGCUGCAUAUAACUGUAUCAUCAGUAUGCUGUUGCCAUCAAUCACAAUGCAGAGGUCAUUUCAGUUGGCAUACAGGACGUAUUUGAUACCUCAUCGCACCUGUAUCUUUCGUUGCUUGAAUGGACAAUCCUUGCUUAAUCCUAGAUACAAAAUGGUAUCCUUGGCUUUGAGCUCCCAAUGUCAGUGUCUACAUGCAUCUGUUACCGUUUGUGUUUCUAAGGAAACGGAAUCUUUGGGGAAAGUAUCAUCCCAAUCAGAAGACUCUCAUUCUAAAGAACUGAACAAAGAAAUACAUACCAGAACAACAGGUAACUUAGCCCAAGGAGCCCCUGUAAAUCCAAGUUCCACAGAGCUUGAUCCCCUACAAGACAAGUCACUUAGUCUCGUGCAGAGAUUCAAGAAAGGUAUUAAGCAGUAUGGAAAAGUUUUUGUUUCAGUGCAUCUUUUCACUUCCAGCAUAUGGUUUGGAGCCUUUUACUAUGCAUCUUUAAAGGGAGUAAAUGUCGUUCCUUUCCUUGAAUUCCUAGGAAUGCCUGAAAGCAUUGUAAAUAUACUAAAGAAUUCCCAGAGUGGAAAUUUAAUAACUGCAUAUGCAAUGUACAAGGUUGCAACUCCAGCCAGAUAUGCAGUGACCAUAGGUGGAACAUCCCUCGCUGUGAAGUAUCUUCGUAAGCAUGGAUACAUAUCCACACCACCUCCAGUCAAGGAAUUCAUUCAGGACCGAAUGGAAGAAACGAAAGAGCGUCUUUCAGGGAAAAUGGAGGAAACCAGAGACAUGAUAAGUGGGAAAAUGGAAGAAACAAAGGAGAUGCUAACUGGGAAAAUGGAAGAAACAAAGGGAAGAAUAACAGAAAAGAUACAGGAAACCAAAGAAAAAGUUUCAUUUAUAAAAAAGAAAGAAUAAUAUUGGAGGUGUGGCAGAGAAAAAAAACAUGCAUAUGGAACACUUUGGCAGUGGGAAUAUGUAUUAUCACUGCUUUUGUUUCUGCUUUAAUUAUUUUGAUUGAUUGAAUAGAAAGGGCCAGUUAUUUAUAAAGUGAAGUCAGACCAUUGUUUAAUGCUUACACCCACUUCCAAAAAUUAACAAAAUAUGUCUUCAGAUAAUCAUAUUGUAAAUACAACAGCAGUGGGCUUCACAGGCAGGUGUUCUUAGGUCUGCUUAGUUGAUGGCCAUCAAAACUAGAUCCAGGGAGAAAUUUAAAAGGUGGUCUAUGCGCUAUUUCUAGCUGUCAUCAUCUACCAGAUCAGAAGCAAACUAAUAGAAUGGUUGGAGGCAUGUGAACAAUGUGCUGGGGGUGCUGUCGAUCAGUGUCGUAAGAUAAGCUUCACACUAUAGCAAGAUCAAGGAACUAUAAGAUAUAUAUUUCUGUAUGCUGUUUAAUAUUAGAGGUUGACUUAAAGUGAGCAAGACUAUACUGCUCUCACAUAUACUGCUCUUAUAGUACAGAAUGGGUACUGAUUCUUCCAUGAUCAGCCUCACAUGUUGAAUUUCAUACCACCACUAAACAUUUUUGGAAGGAAGGAAGUAGAUAAUUGAAUGCUCAUGGAAAUAAAUGUUUACAGUUCGUAGCUCAAAGAAUCAAUGCUGCUACCCUUCUCAUGGAAUAAUCCUGUAUUUCUGUUAGAGAGUAAACAGUCUUUGCUAUACUGUUCUGUGCUAUAGUUUAAUAUGGACAAAGUAAAAAGGAUGUGGUCUUGUUUUUGGUGUUUGAGUCCCUGACCAAACCAUCACCUAUCACGUUAAAUUUUCCUGUGGUUAAAAAAAAAUGCCUAUGAAAGAGCAGUGGAAAGGACCUGCUGUACUAGAGCAAGAGAAGAAAGCCCAAAGCCAGUCUAUCCAUGCAGUCUGUUGUGCAUGUAUUAGUGCUUCAUUGCAAUCAAAGAAAGUGUAGAAGUAGGUUUUCCAACUGAAAUUAUUACAGGAUUGCAACUAACGGCUCAUUUUGUAAGCUUAAGCAUGCAUGGGAAAAAUAAAAACAAUGGAUAUGUGUCUCCUUCCA